UAUUCUGUUACAUUGUAGCAAAAUGGCGACUGUCAUUCACAACCCCCUGAAAGCGCUUGGGGACCAGUUCUACAAGGAAGCCAUUGAGCACUGCCGGAGCUACAACUCGAGGCUGUGCGCAGAGCGGAGCGUGCGUCUCCCCUUCCUGGACUCGCAGACUGGGGUGGCUCAGAACAAUUGCUACAUCUGGAUGGAGAAGAGGCACCGCGGCCCGGGCCUUGCUCCGGGCCAGUUGUACACGUACCCUGCCCGCUGCUGGCGCAAGAAGCGACGAUUGCACCCACCAGAGGACCCAAAGCUGCGACUCCUGGAAAUCAAACCUGAAGUAGAACUGCCCCUGAAGAAAGAUGGAUUUACCUCUGAGAGUACCACACUGGAAGCCUUGCUCCGUGGUGAGGGAGUGGAGAAGAAGGUGGAUGCCAGAGAAGAGGAAAGCAUCCAGGAGAUUCAGAGGGUUUUGGAAAAUGAUGAAAACAUAGAAGAAGGGAACGAAGAGGAGGAUUUGGAAGAAGAUAUUCCCAAGCGCAAGAAUAGGACCAGAGGACGGGCUCGUGGCUCUGCAGGCGGCAGGAGGAGGCAAGACGCCGCCUCUCAGGAAGACCACGACAAACCCUACGUCUGUGACAUCUGUGGCAAGCGCUACAAGAACCGGCCAGGACUCAGCUACCACUACGCUCAUACUCACCUGGCUAGCGAGGAGGGAGACGAAGCCCAAGACCAGGAGACCCGAUCCCCACCCAACCACAGAAACGAGAACCAUAGACCCCAGAAAGGACCAGAUGGGACAGUCAUUCCUAAUAACUACUGUGACUUCUGCUUGGGGGGCUCCAACAUGAACAAGAAGAGUGGGAGGCCUGAAGAGCUGGUGUCCUGUGCAGACUGUGGACGCUCUGGUCAUCCAACUUGCCUGCAGUUCACUCUGAAUAUGACGGAGGCAGUGAAGACCUACAAGUGGCAGUGCAUAGAGUGCAAAUCCUGUAUCCUGUGUGGGACCUCGGAGAAUGAUGACCAGCUACUCUUCUGUGAUGACUGCGACCGUGGCUAUCACAUGUACUGUUUAAAUCCCCCAGUGGCUGAGCCCCCAGAAGGAAGCUGGAGCUGCCAUUUAUGCUGGGAGCUGCUCAAAGAGAAAGCAUCAGCCUUUGGCUGCCAGGCCUAGGGCUCCACCCAGGUCACAGAAUGCAGCCUGCCACUAGAGAGGCUGAACCGAAGCUCUGUUCAACCCAGAUGGAGGUCUCCUCCUGUAUAUGCACACAGACCAACUGCAAGGAAAACGAAUAGUUACAGAAGGGGGGGGGGAGGGAGCAAGGCCUCCACUCGCCUCUCACCCUACCUGUGACCUCCCGCCCCACGCAUCCUUCAGCCAGCUCUUCCUCAUUUCUACCAGCGGGAACUUGGCACUUUUGAGGAACAAUUCAGCCCCAGCUCUGUGGAACCUUCCUCAUGUUCACCCUCACAGGCAUCCCUCUUUGUUGCUUCCCGUUUUGGAGGAAGCCACUCUGUGACUGCUCAUCAACCACUCACUCGUAUGUUGCUUGGUGGGGUUCUUGUCUUGUCUUGUUUUCUACUGCGUUUCAAGAACUUGUCACAUAGUGUCCUCACCCUUUAGCUUAGGCUCUUCAUCCUGAAACUCUCACAGAGGAACAAAAUGCUGUGGUGAAGAAGCUCUUGCCUAUUACGAGUCUCACCGGAAACGUCCAUGUUUGGAGGCCAUCUUGAAGACGUCACUUGGACACGUCUUGGUUUUCUUAGACUCUGCUGAGAAGAGAAGUUGUAGCGUUUGAGCCUCGGCAGUAGCAUCCCCAGCUGCAAUGACCUUGGUCUACCACACUUGAUCAGGGGUUCAGAGGGCCUGGGAGGAACACUUGGGGCCCUGCGAUAGCCAGUCAGUAUUUGCUGCUCCUCAGGAGGGACUAGGUGGUUCCUUGACCUUCAGAACUGUGGUGUCCUUGAGGCGAGGCAACACAGUCUUUAAACACAGAAAUGUGCUGAAGAUCCUGCCCCCCAACCAAAUUGAGCGUGAAGGUCUUGGGGGAUGGGACUCAAGCUCUGGAGAGGUUGGCAAAGGAUGCCCCUUCAACAGUCCAGUGUUGGAUAGAAGAGACUGUAUGUAGCUUUGAGAAACCCUCCAGUAUUGAUGCUACACUAUGGAUUUCUUUUCCGGGCAAUUUCUUCCUUCCAUGUAGUAUAUGUUUGCCAGUGACCACUGAGAUGUGGCUGGGAAUUUUAAAACAGAGAAGAGAUGAACAUUACUUAACCAGAUCAUUGGGCACAGUGAUUACUUGUGACUGGGUGGUGAUGAUUCAGAACCCUCGUCCGUUCUUGCACCCUAAGCUCCCCGAUAGGGGAUGGGCUCUCGUUUGAAGCAAGAUUUCUAGAAGAUGUAGGAAGGUCUAGAUUCCGAGAACUCUGAGUGUCAGAUGAGAAGCCUUGAGGGCUGGAGUGGGCUGGGCUGCCUUUGACGCACAGCACCAGCAUGAUAACUGACACAUUUCUGGAAAAAUGGUUUGCCCAAAGGGCAGGUCUCCGUGAGCAGGACCCUCGCGCAUGCUCAGCUUCCCUGGAUUCAGCUCCAUUGCUGUGGUCCAGCAGCUUGCAACAAAGGCCUGGGUUAUUUUUAGUCUUCAGCUCCUGAAGAAGCCCCUGGAGACCUGGGCUGGCUGGGCCCCUCUGCCCAGCGGCAGCAUGGCCUCUGCCACUCCACAGGAGUCAUCCUCCCCCCUGGCUAAUUGCUCUUGGCACAUGGACCCAGGGCAGCCUGGCAUGGAACCAAGCAGUGUGACCCUCCCCCCCCACACCCCCUGCAACUUCUUUGCAGAGUGACCUGUGGCAAGAGAAUGGGGGUCACUCUCCUGCAGGCCCUGUGGCCUCAGAGCUAGUUCCAUGCAUACGAAAUGAUCUCAUUUAAAGGGCCCCUGUCCAGAGAGAGUCUGUCUCCUCCUCUCAAGCUCUCUUCUUCUCCCUGCUGGUUGCUGUGCCUGUGUGGAUUCAAAAGACCCAAGGGAGGGCUGGAGGAAUGGCCCAUCUCCACGGAGGGCUACAUCCCCUCUUCAGACUCUGCGGGCUCUCUCUUCCCACCAAACCUAAAGCAGAGUAUCAUCAGAAACGAACUACUUGUUUGGGGGGAAUCAUAUUAAAUUAAUUUCAGAAGGGAAAAAAGGCCCAAAUGUUCUGAAAUGCUAUACAAGCUUAAAGGUGGGGAAAAAAAAUAAGUCUAAAGCCUUCCACCUUUAUGCUCUGAGACUUGACAGGUCCCCUUCUGGAGUGUAUAUGAGUCUGCUCACUACAGAAGUGCAGGUGUUCUAUAUCCAGCCCUGCUUGGGCCCACCCAAACUGAUGGGGGAUCAUGUCUCUCUAACCCAAGGCAGCAGUCGGAGCUUGUCCACAGCGCUGGGGCUGCUCAGGACUCUUGGUCUCUUCAAGGCUCCUGGGGUCCUUCUCUUCUGUUUCACUUGGCCUGUGGAAUGGGCUCAGCCUUUCCGCUUCAGAGGUUUUGGGUUGAUUCUCCAUACAGAGUAGGGAGAGCAGCUCAGCUUGGAGAUGUCGUGUCAGGGUACAGCAGGCCAGGUCUCCAGAGCCAUCCUCCUGCAUCAGAAAACAAAGGCGUUAGUGGAGUAAAGUUGGUAUCUUCUUUCUCAGAGCCCUGGAAUAAGCAGCAAUCACAGGGUCAGGGUUCUAGUGUCCCCUCUACCCCUGGAUAGUGUAUGAUCUUGGACAAAUCACCUAGCAUCCUCAGAUCUCAGUGUACCCAUCUGUAAAAUGGAAAUGAGAACACUUGCCUUUUCUAUUCCACACUGACUCCGGGAGGAAUAAUGUUACAUAAACAACCAACUGCAGAGCUAGGCAUGUCUGUGGGAACUCCAAAUGCUUUUUGAAGCCACCUUCUUGUGGCUUCUAGCCAAAGCUAGAAGCCUCCUUGGAAUCUCCCUUUUGAUGGAUGGAGGCUUACAUGUCAAGGUCCAGGUUGUCCAUGGUCAGGGCUUCUAAGGCAGGGCUGUGGUCAUGGGGACCGUGAUUUGGCUUGGGUGGUAAUGGGAGGUGCCCAGGGUUUGGGAACUUGAGGACAAAGAUAUCAUAAAUGCAUGUGCAUGUGGACAGAUAGACACAGACAGUCAGAAGACAGACAGACAGACAGACAGACAGACAGACAGACACACACACACACACACACACACACACACACCAUCAGCAUGGUUAACCACAUGGAAUGGGAGCCAACUUCAGUAGAGAGUACUGUGCACUUGUUCAAAUGUAGUAGUCUCUUUUUAGCUGGUUAACUCUGGUCAGGUGACUUUGCCUCUCUGAGCCUCACUGCCCAUGAGUAUGAGGUAGAGAGAUAUGGCCUGUCUAGAGAUCUAGCAGGGCUAAUAGAGUAAUGCUUGCUGAGAAGUGUCAUGGUGCAGGUCUUGCUAACAAUGGGGCUUCCAGUCUGUAGUAGCCACUGUCAUUCUGUCCAGAGGUCACUAAAGGGAGACAAUGAUGCUGUUGAGGACCCCCUCAAGCUCCCGACACGGUUAUUCUGCUCCACUACGGCCUUACAUCCUUGUGUGGUGGCUGAAGAACUCCGGUUGGAAGAUAAACUCUUAUUUCUUUCUAGACACUCUUGAGACCCUAUAUUCGGGACCUGUAGUAAAUCCAGGACAGGCAACGGGCAAGGAAAGAGGAGUGGAGCUCUAGAUAGGGACCUGACGUUUCUGUCCUCUUUCCCAACCCCUCCUGACACCGCCAGAGGCAGAAGCCAGCGAGUCUCCAGAAUGCUGUGCACGGUUGCCUCGUGAUCAGAUGGGAAGCUGGGUCUAGGCGGAGAGAGUCGCUGCUGCCUUGCCCUUGGCUCAGCCUGAGAGACCUUCCUGUGACUGGGUGACUAGGGGGCCAGAGGAGGUUGGAGAGAGGAGAGAGAGAGAGAGAGAGAGAGAGAGAGAGAGGAAGGAGAUUCUGAUCAGGGGAGCUAAGAGGACGUUUUGCAGAGCAAUAAGAUAGGGGUUUCAUUCCUGGUGCACUUUAGUCUUCAAGAACCAUCCCUUCCAGCCCCCGCAUGUAUAAGUAUUUUAAGGAAGAAAACCAGCAGGACUGGAGUUACUUUUCCUAUGGGAGCCAGUUCAGUGCAGUGGGUGGAAGAAAAAUCACCGGUAACCCCAGGCUGCCACAGGCGCAGGUGAGGGUCUGGUACUUUCCUCUUCCAGGUUACAUGUUCAAGGCAGUCUUGCUUGGCUGGUGGGUGGCGCGGGCAGAGUCCUGAGAAUUCCCUUGCCUCCCCUCCCCCACCACCACCAUUUGGAAGUGCUGACGUGAGAGUGCCUCCUUCCUACUCAAUAAUGUCUGUUCUUAGUACUUAGGAACUCCAGAGUCAUGGUCCAAGGGAGAAGCUGGCUCCUUGGCCAUAGUCAUGCCCGCAUUGCCACUGAAGGUGUCUAGCUCCAGGCAGGAACAGUGCUGGUGUCCCUUGUAGUAGACCAGCAUUCCUGAGUUGGGUUGAGGGAGUAGGGGGAGUCAGGGUUAGCCUAAUAAAGA